CGGCGGCGGCGGCGGCAGCGGCAGCGGCGGCGGCGGUAAGAUGGCUGCCCACGGGGGCUCCGCAGCGUCGUCGGCGCUGAAGGGGUUAAUUCAGCAGUUCACCGCCAUCACCGGUGCAAGUGAAAGUGUAGGAAAACAUAUGCUGGAAGCCUGCAACAAUAAUCUGGAGAUGGCAGUCACUAUGUUUUUGGAUGGUGGAGGAAUUGCUGAAGAACCCAGUACCAGCUCAGCAAGUGUCUCCACUGUCAGACCACACACAGAAGAAGAAGUACGUGCCCCAAUUCCUCAAAAGCAAGAAAUAUUGGUGGAACCAGAACCUUUGUUUGGCGCUCCUAAACGACGACGUCCUGCACGUUCAAUAUUUGAUGGUUUUCGAGAUUUUCAAACUGAAACUAUUAGGCAAGAGCAGGAAUUAAGAAACGGAGGAGCAAUAGAUAAAAAAUUAACCACCCUUGCAGAUCUAUUCCGGCCACCUAUUGACCUGAUGCAUAAAGGCAGCUUUGAAACAGCCAAAGAGUGUGGCCAAAUGCAGAAUAAAUGGCUGAUGAUAAACAUUCAAAAUGUGCAAGACUUUGCAUGCCAGUGCCUCAAUCGUGAUGUAUGGAGCAAUGAAGCUGUGAAGAAUAUUAUCCGGGAACAUUUCAUUUUCUGGCAGGUUUACCAUGACAGUGAGGAGGGUCAGAGAUACAUACAGUUUUAUAAGCUAGGGGAUUUCCCCUAUGUUUCCAUCUUGGACCCACGGACAGGUCAGAAGCUAGUAGAGUGGCACCAAUUAGAUGUGUCUUCUUUCUUGGACCAAGUGACAGGAUUUCUGGGUGAACAUGGGCAACUGGAUGGACUUUCUAGCAGUCCCCCCAAAAAAUGUGCCCGAUCAGAGAGCCUUAUAGAUGCCAGUGAAGACAGCCAGCUAGAAGCUGCCAUCAGAGCCUCCUUGCAAGAGACACAUUUCGAUUCAACACAGACAAAACAGGAUAGCCGUUCAGAUGAAGAAUCUGAAUCUGAACUUUUUUCUGGCAGUGAGGAGUUCAUAUCUGUUUGUGGUUCUGAUGAAGAAGAGGAGAUAGAGAAUCUUGCCAAAUCCAGAAAGUCUCCCCACAAAGAUUUGGGGCAUAGAAAAGAAGAGAACAGAAGGCCACUGACUGAGCCCCCAGCCAGAGUUGACCCCGGAACAGCCACUAACCACCAAGUAUUGACAGCUGUGGAUACAGAGAUCCUGGAGAUGUCACCUGAAAAAUCAGAUGGAAUAGUGGAGGGGGUAGAUGUAAAUGGACCAAAAGCACAGCUGAUGUUGCGGUACCCAGAUGGAAAAAGGGAGCAGAUCACUCUUCCAGAACAAGCUAAACUGCUAGCGUUGGUAAAGCAUGUCCAAUCUAAAGGAUAUCCAAAUGAACGCUUUGAACUACUCACCAACUUCCCUCGAAGAAAACUAUCUCACCUGGACUAUGAUAUUACAUUACAGGAGGCUGGCCUUUGUCCUCAAGAGACUGUCUUUGUACAAGAAAGAAAUUAACAUCAUGGCCUGACCUCUCUCAGCUUACCCCUUUUUUCCCUUUUCUCGUGAGAUACCAUGUUACUAAGUAAUGCAUUUUGGCUCAUAGGACCAUAGAGCCAAAGUUGGGCAAGCAAGUCACCUGCCUUCUCUUACUCCUUGUUCUUGUCUAUACUCAGUCUCUUUCUCCCCCAUUACUUUUUCCUCCUUUUCUCUUGCCUUCAAUUUUCUUCUUUUUCCCUCUUUCUUUCUUCCCUAAUCUGGUGACCAAAUGGAAGUGUAAGGAUAAGAUCUUCCCUAGUACUGGCAGCAGGAAAUGCGUCCCAUGAAGAGGUCAUUUGCACGGCACUUUGGGAUCAGAUGAUAAUGCGUUCAGACUCUUUGACAAGAAAACUGUCCAGAUUCAGAAUAAAAACAAGCCCCUUUUCUGUAAGCUCCCAUUUGUAGUUGGGAAAAGAAAUUCUUUCAACACAGUAGGAAAAUAUCUUCUGACAAAAUAUUUAGGCUUUCAUUUACAUGGAAAAUACCUCCCUUAUAAUUAUUGCUCACCAUAUUCAGUCUUUAUCCCAGAGGAUUCCUAUAUUGAAGUUACAAGAGUUAUUUCCUUAAUAUGUGUCAUUGGCAGAGUGAGUGCUCAGUGAAGGAUGUGUAGCAUGGGGCGGCUUUCAAUGUCCUAGCUUGAGAGAGCUUUCUUCAUUAUUACUCUAUUAAGUAUAUUGAUCCUGCUAGUCCUAGAGUACACAUUUAGUGAGCAUAAUGUGAUUGGUGUAGGGAGGUGCUUGCUGUUUUUGCCAGUGCAGCAUAUUAGUUCCUUUAGCUCCUCGUUGUCUGGGUCUACAGUGAUCUGUAGGAAGGCAGCUGUUCGAUAAUCAUGCAGUACAAUGGCUUGUGAUUGUAACCACUGUGGCUAUUGAUUGUCCUAUGUGCUUAUAGCAUACUUAUGUGUGUCCCAGAGGAAGAAGAAAAACAUGCAGCUGAGAGUUGCCAACCAUGUCCCUUGGUUAGAAGUGAUUCAUUUUUUUACCCCUGGUUGGAAUAAUUACUGAAAGGCUCUAGUGACUGAUGGAUUUUGAUCCUCACAGUUUUCUUUCGGAAGAAAUCAAAACUGAAAGUCUCUGAGGGGAAGACCUUUAAAGUCAGCUCAUAAGGCAAUAGCUAGUAAGAGGGUGGGGGGUUGAGAAUUACUAGUAAUCUUCAGAUGUUGCAGGGGGUUUCUGCCAACAAAAGCCACAUUCAAAUAGUAGUUGGUGAAUGCUCUUUUCAGUAUUAUUUCAAAAAGGCCAUCUUGAAUAUGUAUAAUGCUUUUAACUUGUCAGCAUCACUAUACGCUCAGUUUUACCUUGAGCUUUUAAGUACUCUAAUGAGGUAAUAGUGAUCUGGUGACAAAAUCAGAACUUCUAACUUAUGCAACCAUUAAAAUAAUCUAAAUGACUUAUUUUGUCAGUUGGGGAUUUAGAUUAAUUCUAAUAUUUAAGGAACAUGAAUUACUGCUCAGAGACCUUUAAGUUUCCAUCUACUUUAAGAUUGUUCUCUUGGCAAGUAGGGGAUUAAAAAAACAAAAAAAAGAUGCUGUGUAUUGCUUGUACACAAUACAGUUUUUAAUGGCUGGAUUUUUGAGGAUCCUUUCUGAAGAAUGGAUUAUAUAUCUUCUCAAGGAAAUCAUGGAAAGUUGUUAUUCUUCAGUGAGUCCUUUUGAAUUAAUGUUCUUUUUUUUCUGUCUGUGUAAGUGCUAUGUAUAAGUAUAUAAUUGUAUAAAUAUUUAUAAAUAUA